AUGUCUCAAAUGUGGUCCCCUCUAUCGAUCUGUCACAGUGGCUGUAGUUUUUGAUAGAGUAUGUCUGUCUGUUCAUCUGGAUGACAUUUCGAUGACUUUCAGUCGCGCGCAUUUCGAGUCUGCUGCAUAUGUGUGCUGUAGUGUAUUCAAACGCUUCAAGAAUUAUCGAGAACCUGUUCAACAAGGCUCUCCCCUCCCAACUGCUGCCUCGUGCAUUAUGUCCAGACUAAAAGAUGAUCCUCGAUGGUUUUCCUACACUGAUGCUUGCUGUGCAGAAAAUUUGUCUGCUUUGUCCGCGCCUGUCCUGCGUGGUGUUGCACGGCGUAUUGGUACUAAAAGAUCCGACGCGCGAAAUAAAGAACGCAGUGUCGAUGCAAUUGUAUCUCAUUUCGCUUCUCGACGCACAGAGCUCGCAAGCAUGUCAGAUGAUAUCCUCUUCAAGAGUCUCUUGACCGCAUCAGUCCCACCUGCUUGCACAAGAUCACGGGGCACUUUACUUGCUGCUGAGUUUCAGAACUUGUACGGUCUCAAUUUGGCAACUACUCUAGUAGGUACUCCUCCUAUCAUCAGCGCACCUCCUCUCUCUUAUCGAAAAACGUGUGAUGCACUCGCUAAUCAUGCCCGGCAACGCGCACUACACCUAUUUCAUGCUGGAGCAAGUGUUUUGGAUAAGGCUGCUUUCUAUCAAAUUCUUGCUCAUGAGUUUGGCGUGCUCGUUACUGGACGUUUGUCACAGGAAAUUGUCUCGCGCUCUGUCAAGGACAUGUUAGUCCAUCUAGAAUGCAAAUAGAAUGUGCUGGCAGAGCAGUCAUUUCGGCGUAUGCAGUUGCAGCCUACACGAAGAAAGCUCUCCAUUAUCCCAAAGGCAAAAGGAAGACUACUAACGAGCUCGGAGACUGUUUACUACCAAUCCGUCGUCAUUUCUUGAAGUUGAAGUCGGGGACUGGC